GCAGCGUUCCUUGCGUCGCGGCGGCCAAUAGGAGCGGAGGACGCAGUGGUACAUUGGCAAGAAUAAUCAGCAUGCAGGCUCCAGUAGCAUUCCUGACUUCGUCAGCUCUGUUACGCUGCUGUUCUCGAGCUCUGACCAGGCCAGCUUCCCUGUCUAUAUUGAGCAGACCGGAGACUCAGACUGUGCAGGUCCUUGGCAUUUCCAAUUCUCAGCUGACUUGUCGGGAAUUCCAAACUAGUGCUGUCUCCCAUGAUAUCGACACUGCUGCUAAAUUCAUUGGUGCUGGUGCUGCUACAGUGGGAGUAGCUGGCUCAGGAGCUGGGAUUGGGACAGUGUUUGGUAGUUUAAUCAUUGGCUAUGCCAGGAACCCAUCCCUCAAGCAGCAGCUGUUUUCUUAUGCUAUCCUGGGUUUUGCCCUUUCAGAGGCCAUGGGGCUCUUCUGCUUGAUGGUGGCAUUCCUCAUUUUGUUUGCCAUGUAAAAGCCUUGGAAUCAAGCUGCAGCUGCUGUCCGUCUGCAUUCUCCAAUUUGAGCCUGUGUCCCUUGUCAGGGUGUUCCAGAUUUAAACAAAGUUUCUCUAAAUAAAUGAGAUCCAAGUUUUU